GAGAGAAGACAUCCCAAGCUGCAGAAAGCCUUUCAUUCCAGAAAGUAAUGUUGUAUUAUUAGGAAACUGUGAGACUGAAAAAGUGGAAAAUAGAAGCAGAAACUUCACCUCUAUUUAAAGACCAGUAUUGAUGUUGUCUGCUUAACAGACUGCAAUGAAGCAGCGGCAUGCUUUUGUAUUUUUACUACUUUCAAUAGUCUUAUUGAGUUUUUUGGUUCACCGCAGGAUUGUAAAGAUCCCUACACUUCUAUACUCGAAUUCAAACUGUGAAGAAAUCACAAAAAACGAAACAGAACUUCAGAAAGAAGUGAAAAGAAUCUUCAAUGAAGUAGACAGUUCAAUUCCGAAGAUCAGCUUCACUCACUUUGAUAACACAACCAGUGCUCGAAACAGCAAAGCCAACAUUAUAAAUCCUAAAGAUAAGUACUGUGUUGGCGAUUCUUUGACUGUCCAAGUUGACAUGUUUGAUCAUUUGGGCAGAAGAAAGACGUAUGGGGGAGACUUCAUCACAGCAAGAAUAUACUCUCCUGAUAUUAAAGCCAGUGCAUCGGGGAGAGUAGAAGAUCUAAGGAAUGGGAGCUAUCACAUACAUUUUACCCUUUUCUGGCAGGGUAUAGUACAAUUUUCAAUCCUUAUGGUCCAUCCCAGUGAAGCAAUAUCAGCUUUAUGGCAAGCGAGAAAUAAAGGUCAUGGCUAUGUAGCCUACACAGGAUAUUUUGUAUAUAAAGGCAAUGAGGCCAAAGUAAAGUGUGGAUUUGACCUAAAUCAAACACAAGAACUAUGUGAAUAUUCUAAUAUCAAAGAAGAAGAAUACUUUUAUUGUGAAAAACCUGUGAAUAUUCCAUGUGGGUCCCUGACGAAAAUGAUGAGUGUUUUUGUAGACUCUCACACUUAUCUAAGCAAAUCUGAAAAAGAUCUGUUAACCAGAUCCAAUAUCCGUGUUGAAAUACCAAAGAAUUUUGAGAAAAUUUCUGUCUCUCUCUGUAGUGGAAACAUAGCUGUAGAAAAGAAGAAAUGCAGCCCAGGAUUGAACUGUACUUUCCCCAGUGGUUAUUUCUACCAGAAUAUGUGGAACAGCCAGUAUUGCAGUAUAACAAGAUAUCGCAACAUGAAGGAUAUCAAUGAAUGUUUAAAAGGAAAAAUAGUGUACAUGACAGGAGAUUCCACUAUGCUUCAGUGGAUGACUUAUAUCAGCAAACAUGUCAAUAGUCUUAAGACAUUUAACCUUUAUAAUGAAAACUGGCCAAUGACACGUUUGUUUGUGGACCUGGAGAGAAAUAUAAAAAUAGAAUGGAGAAAACACACAAACCCUUUCAUAAUGCUUGUUUUUCAUACCUUUAAGGAGGAGUAUACAAUUCCGGAUCAAAUUGAUCACAUUAGUGGUAACCAACAUACAGUCUACAUAUUUACUCUGGGAAUGCACUUCCGUUUAUUUCCUUUAGAACAUUACAUUCGAAGGGUUAUUAAUAUAAGACGGGCCAUUGAACAGCUACUUUUGCGGAGUCCUGAAACCAAAGUCAUUGUUAAAACUGAGAAUACCAGUGAAAUGAAUGAAAGGAUAGAAAUGCUUAGUGAUUUCCAUGGCUAUGUGCAAUAUUCAAUUGUGAUCAAUAUUUUGCAAGACCUUAAUGUUGCUGUGGUGGAUGCUUGGGACAUGACGGUUGCUUUUGCAAGUGAAAAAAACCAUCCUUCUGAAGUAGUGAUAGCCAGCGAAGUGGAUUUAUUAUUAAGCUAUCUGUGUUAGCAGCAACUUAAAUUUGCUAAAAAAAAACCUUAGAUUUAUUGCUACAAAUAUAGGACAACAAAUUAAUCAGUACCAAAAACUGUUAAUGACCACAAAUGUCACAUACAGUAUAUAGCAGUUCACUGCACACUUGUCUGUGUAUUGCUAUUUGGAGAGUGCCUGGGUCAUAUGGGAAGAAUUUGGCAUGUAGCGGAUAAACUGUGGAGGGUUGUUAAUGCAGGUAGGAGAUUCAUUGUCCAUUAUCCAGUCAUUUAGAAUGUUCCGAAUUACAAAAUGGUCAUCUCCCACACACUCCAUUUUAUGUAAAUAAUCCAAAUUUUUAAAAAAUGAUUUUUUUUUUCUCUGUAAUAAAACAGUAUC